GGAAAAGGUGAACGUGCGCAGACUUUCAGAGAGGUUGAAAGAUCCCCUGUUGAAUUCCUAUGGAGAAGAGCACAACGAGUUUGUGAAGAGCGCCAUCGCCAGAACUAACCGUAUAGCAACUGUUUUCAAAGUGAACUGUUUACUAACCACAUCGUUUUUGGCACUGACACCGUUCAUUGCAGACGCUAUGUUUCCCAUACCGUUUUCCUUCUUUCAAGAGGGCUCCAUGUGGUACGUCGUAUAUUUGGUACAGGUCAACGGUUUGGCGGUUGGUAUUUGGAAUAAUGCAGGGUUGGACACUUUGAACAUAGGAUAUAUGGGAGUAGCUUUGGCAGAACUUGACAUCUUGAUAUAUAACAUCGAACAUUCUGCAGAAGCUAGCGCUUCCGGCGUCACAAAGUCAAAGUCUGAUGUUGACGAAUAUUUGUUUACCUGUUACAAACAUCACAACAAAAUAAUGGAGUUUAUUAAGAAUAUCGAAGCUGUGUGCACAAAAAGCAUCUUGGUUCACUACGUCAGUAGCAUAGUAGUUAUCUGCAACUCUGGAUUCCAUUUAAUUAUGACUCCAUUGUUUUCUGGACAAUUCAUCAUUCUAAUCGUAUUCUUUUCCGCUAUUAUGAUAGAACUAGCAAUGUACUGUUGGAUUGGAAAUGAGAUUAUUUUAAAGAGCCUUCAGAUUGGCGACGCCUGCUAUAUGUCGAAGUGGUACGAAUUUAGCCCACGGACUAACAAAAUUCUGUUUCUGAUAAUGGAACGUUCAAAGAGACCUCUCACAAUCAGCGCAUAUAAAUUUUCGGUGUUGUCUAUGUCUGCGUACUUAAAAAUAAUACAGUGCUCUUACUCGUACUUUACAGUAUUGAGAAGGGUGUAUAUGAAAGACUAAUCUUAAAUGAUACAUUAGAAA